AUGGCCAUAACUGAAUUCACUGUAAAGUGGGUUCCGUCUGGAAAGACUAGAUAUUGGGCUGAAUUUAGAGUUGGUUUGCAACAAAGACCAGAGCCAGAGGCUGCUAGGACGAUACCUCAUGAUUCUUGCUCACCCAGAGCCCAGGGAAGUGGAGAAGAAGAUAAUAGUGGAGGCCUUCUCACCCAGAGCCUCAUUGAAGCCAUUGACAUAGAGUGGUUGAAAUCUAUUACAAACUUGCCAAUUCUGAUCAAGGGAGUACUCACUCAUGAAGUUGCAAGAAAGGCUGUGGAAGUAGGUGUUGCUGGGAUUGUUGUCUCUAACAAUGGAGGCCGCCAACUAGAUUAUACUCCUACUACCAUUUCUGUCCUGGAAGAGGUAGUUGACGCUGUUGGAGGAGAAGUUCCUGUUCUGCUUGAUGGAGGAGUACAGCGAGGAACAGAUGUGUUCAAGGCAUUAGCCUUGGGUGCACAAGCUGUCCUUGUUGGAAGGCCUGUAAUCUAUGGCCUUGCAGCAAACGGAGAACGCGGUGUGAGACGGGUUAUCGAAAUGCUGAAAGAUGAGUUUGAGCUCACUAUGACCCUCUGUGGCUGCCCUGGUGUUAUGGAUAUUACCAGGAGCCAUGUGAGAACAGAAUGUGAUAAACUCCACUCCAUGCUUUAA